AUGAGCCUCUUUGACCUCUUCCGGGGCUUUUUCGGCUUUUCUGGACGUCAAGGCCACAGAGAUCCCUUUUUUGGAGGGAUGACUCGAGAUGAAGAUGAGGAUGAGGAGGAGGAAGAAGAAGGAGAAGGAGCCACAUGGGGCUAUGGAAGCCCCAGGUUUGGGGAUCCCCAGCCCCCAGAGGAAUUUGGCUUCAGCUUCAGCCCAGGAAGAGGGAUGUAUUUCCACUAUAACUUCGGCUUUGAUGACCUAAUACGGGAUUUCAAUAGCAUCUUCAGCGAGAUGGGGGCCUGGACCUUGCCUUCUCACCCUCCUGAACUUCCAGGUCCUGAGUCAGAGGUACCUGGUGAAAGACAGCGGAAGGGAGAGACACUUCGAGAUUCAAUGCUUAAGUAUCCAGAUAGUCACCAGCCCAGGAUCUUUGGGGGGAUUGUGGAGGGUGAUACAGAAACUGAAUCCCCAAAACCAUCACCAGACUGGGGCUCCCAGAGACCUUUUCAUAGGUUUGAUGAUAUGUGGCCUGUGGCUCCCCAUCCUAGAGCCCGAGAGGAUAAAGAUCUGGAUUCCCAGGUUUCCCAGGAGGGCCUUGGCCCAGUUCUACAGCCCCAGCCUAGGUCCUAUUUCAAGAGUGUCUCUGUGACCAAGAUCACUAAGCCAGAUGGGACAGUAGAGGAGCACCGGACUGUGGUAGAUAGUGAAGGUCGGACAGAGACCACAGUAACCCGUCAAGAAGCAGAUGGCAGUUCUAGAGAUGCUCAAGAAUCACCAGCGCUGGACGAUACCUCUUCCAUUCUGGAUUUAUUCCUUGGACGUUGGUUCCGGUUCCGGUAG